AUGGAAGGUCUCAAGUCGUGUAGUAACAAAGCUUGCUCCUCAUAUGGGAGGAGCAUUUGUAGAUAUUGGAAUUUCAAGGCCUUCACUUAUGAGCAUAAAGCAAAACCGAAAUCCUUUUGUGUAUCCUCAAGUUUUAAGAACCGAGGAACAGAUCCUGUUGAUGAUUCUUAUUGUAAUGAAGAGAACCUUCCAACUUAUGAAAACGAUGAUGAUAUGAGUGAUGACGAGUUUGCAAAUGAAGAAACUCAUGAUGGUUCAUCAUUUCCAGUUGAGAAUAUUACAGAUAAUGAAGAAGGUGUGGUGCUAACAUCUGAUGCUAAGAUAAACAAUGUCGAUGGUGAUGAAUUUGACAUCAUUUCUGUUUAUGACGAAGACAAAGAUGAAGAAAAUGAUCACAUGGAAGAUGAAUAUAGAAUAACUGAGCAUGCUCAAUCUGCUGCCUUGGCUGCUGAGGAGGGUGUGGAAGGUGCUGUUCCUGUAAUGUUGCACAGAGCAAAGGGUCAAACUUUAUCUGUUGUUCAAGAUGAUUUUAAUGAAAAGGUCAAGAGACUGGUUGUGGAUUCUCCUCAACAUAUCAUGAGGAAUCGGAUAAACAGCGAGACCAAGAUCUUUAUGCUUGGCGCGCAGGGGCCACGUCUGCUUCGAGUAGUAGGAACUCUAGAUGCCGAAGUUGUUAAUGGCAUUGAGGAUGCACAUCGCGGCCAGUUGCAUCCACCUCGUGCUCGUCCAUGGCAAGAGGCUGGUCUGCGAGCCGCUCACCAUCUCGUAGUACAUCAACAAGGCGUUCGCUGGCGCCAGAGCAGGUGGCUGCGACGCUCGCCAGCUCGAGGAGGCCUUCACGCUGUGCAGCAAGUUGCAGCGUUUCUUCGCCGGCGGUUACAUCGGAUUCUUAGACAUCGCGCAGAUGGCCUUGACGAGAUGAGAGCACCCUGGCUCGCGGGCGUAAGCGGGCAGCGGCGGUCUGAACACCGCAGUCAGUUGCAUCUGCAGGACGAGAUUGCACUAUUGGAGAAGGCAGAGAGGAUGGGAAGCGGUAGAGUCACGCUAGGACGCGGGGAGGCAUUGGGGAUGGGCGCCAAGCGCCGCUGUCGAGGGAAGAUGAGGCGAACAGAUUACAACUAG